AUGUUGGCGGCAGGACAGGGGAAAUCAACCGAGCGAGUCAGGGGCACUCUGGCGGGGCGGGUUCUCCAAACAAUGGGCCGCGGGCGGGGGAUGCCCACGUGGCAGGACACGUGGCCCCCUCACAGGGGACAAGCGCGCCCGGCCGCGACUCGGAGGUUCACUCCGGUGGAUCUGGCGGCGGCGGUCCACCAGGUAACGCAGGCGACGAGCCUUUUCUGCGCGCGCUUAGGCGCGGCUCUGCGCGCGACGUUGGGUUCUGCUUACGUCAUGGAGUCGGGGCGCGACAGCGGCUCCGCGCGAGUGGCCUGCGAGCGCGACGGGAAACACCUGCUGACGUCACUCGUGACCGGGGCGCUGUUCCUGGAUUUCGAGAACGAGAGCUUCACGCGGGGCGGGCCGAGCUGCUUCCCUGACAGUGAGGAACGGCGGGCGGUUCUGGAACUAGAGAAGCGGCAGAUCCGGGCCGGGGACAUUGACGUCAGGGGCGAGACGCUAACCCCUUUCACCGAGUACUGCUGGGCGCGGCUGGAGCGUUUCGCGGAGGCGCUCGGCGCGCAGUUGCAGAUGCCCCCCGAGAAAGUGCGCGAGAACAUCACGCAGUCGGAGGCCCUUUCGCAGCCGUGGGUGGAGGCCGUCACGCGCGCGUGGCUGCUGCAGCGGCUCGCGCGCACUUUCUCGCCGCCCGCAGAGAUCGUACGGCGCGCGCCCGGGAUGCCGAUCGACGCGCAGUGCGAGCGUGUGACGGAGCCCGACGCCCCGGGGUUUGGCAACCGGGUUUACCUCGUAACCAUGCCCGGGUUUAAGGUGGGCGGGGUGGCCGUCUCCAAGUGCCUGGUCUACCCCGACUUCCGCCCGGUAGAAGACGCACAGAUCUCCCGAGCGGUAGAAGAUGCCCCGAGCCCACAGAAAAGGGCUGCGCAGGCGUUUGACGAGACGACCGAAACAACGGCGGUAAAGACUCCGGGUGACCAAAGAGACUCUCUCGGGUUGCCGCCUACCGAGAAUGCACAAUGGUUGAGGAACGGUUCGAACCGGGACGUUUCGGCUGGUUCCCCGAGGCAGGGCGCUUCCCCGGGUGACGUCACCGGAAUGGCGCUCGAUGGACCGGACUUGGAGGGGGCUGCAGACGAGUCAACCGGGCACGGGAAGGCGGAACCGGUCAACGUAUCGCCUCACAUGAUUCCGGAUGACUUCGGCAAAGAGACUUCGGCAUAUCACUAG